AUGCAUCAACGUCGCAGUCAAAGUGAUACAAAAUCAACUGGAAGCAUUAGCAGUUCACUGUCAUCAAUGCCGACGACCAGCAAUCCUUCCUCAAAAACCAAUACCGGUCGCGUCAGCAUCUACACGAUGCGUGAACGAGUCAUUCAGAACAAAAUGACUAGAAUGAUUGGCAAAUUAGCACCGAAUACGGAAACCGAAGUCACUAGUCGAUUACAUCAAGAAGUUCCUGCUAUUCGCUUGGAUGGUCAUUUAACGUAUUGUGUAUAUAUAACCGCACAAAAUCUUGUUCAUUUAACUACGAUGUACAUUCUUUUAUAUCAUGCAGUGUUUUGGCUAGAUUCGAAUGUGACUGGUCGACAAAAAACGAUUAGCUCUCGAUUAAUUGAUCAAACCAAAUUCGAACAAACACAUGUUAUCAUAACGGCGAAUUAUUUCCAUCUACAUACUGGAUUGUCAAUCAACAUUGAUCUUAUUGAUACAUAUGUUUAUAUUAGUUUGAUUAGUGUCAGUUUAGUUGAAUUGAUCAGCACGUUUUUGUGGACAGUUAGAAAAAAACUGCCGUGUUUAAUAGUACGACAUACAAAAUUGAGACACCGUGUCAGUCGAAUUCUAGUUGGAAUGAUUAGUCUUCCUUACAUUUCGUUUAUUUAUUGGCUUGGAUAUCAUACAUUUGUUACUCGUUAUCUGAAAACAUCAUUUUCUUCACUCAUCUUAGCACAUUUCAUUCUUUUGACACUUUUCGAUAAGCCAAAUCUAUUUCGAAAGCGACCUGACAAUCCUCCUGACCAAUCAACUCUAAAUCGUAAACAUCAUCGCAAUUCCACAUCGUCGUCGUCCACAUCAUCAGCUCCUACACCGGCCUUAGGUCGACCAUCGUUUCGGUCGUCAACAUCGACACAACCACGAAGAAUAGCACCUGUCAUCAACACAUUGCCAUCCGUAGUCCAUCAAUGGUCUCGUUGGUCGUCAGUCACCGAAAUAAAACUCGAAAUCCACGAAUGUUCAACAUUCUACGCUCAAGCUCGUCAAGAAGCCGAUGAUCUCUGGCCACUGGUUCGACGACGAAUAAUUCUCAAUUUCUAUCGAACAGUAGCAUCAUUCAUCCUAUUCGAUUGCAUUCCUAUUCGAACACUGAAUCCGCACGUUCGUUCGAUUGAAACUCAACCGUUGAAGUUUGUCAUUUUCAUUCUUACCCUGAGCACAUUCAUUUCUCACAGUGCCUUUUUGUUUCCCGUAAAACUUCAAACAACCCUUCAACGUAUCGCAACGCACCUUGGCCAAUGGCGCGUACAAGCUAAUGUUCGCGCUGAAACGAUCAAUGAAUGGUCAUCCGAAUGCAAUUCAUACACUCGUGGAAUUGUAGUGAAGUUAUCAUCGACAAAUCAACAUUUCAUUGCCAGUCAGCAUCUCAGCAAUGCAGCUCAUCCGCAAUCGAAUGCUCAUGCUAUGCUCUACAGACUCUUUAGUGAUCCUACACACUUCCUAACGACUCAACUGGUUCUCUGUAUUGUUCUUUCGAUUUUUCAACUCGUUUGGCUCUUUCUCGGCAAGUCAUGGGAACAGAUUAUAAUCAGUUGGUUUAUUAUCUUAUGUAGUUCAUAUCCAAUAUUUAAAAUAACACGCGACAGGUUUAUAAUGGAUUAUGUUGAAGAACACGAAUAUGUUCAAACAACAUCAACAACAACAUCGAGGCAGAAAAAAUCCAGUUGA